AUGGACCGGGCGGAGGAGCGCCUGCAGGUACCGGUCCUGUACGUCUCAUGGAAUACGUGCCCGGGUGUUCGCCAGCGGAGCGAGAACACGGUGAUUCUCAACGACAUUCAGUUCCACAUGAGGUACAGCUGCCUGACGUGGGUCCUUCGCCAGUGGGCCACGUCCUUCCUGCUGGCUAGGCCGACGCCGUUCAACAGCCGUCACAACCUAAACAUUUCUCUGGGGACGAAGGAAGCUUUCGUCGCUGAGGACAUCAUGUACCGCUGUGCAGGGAUGAAGGAGGUCGGGAACAUGUAUCGAGCGCGGAAGGCCCUCAGAGGAAGGUUAUUAAGGAUAGUCACUAUCCAUCGACCUCCGUUUGUGUUCCUGGAAAUUAACAGCCAGGGAAAAAUCAUACGGCAAUCUGGGUUUGCCUUCGAGAUGCUAAAUGAACUGCAGAGCAAGUUCGGGUUCAGAUACGAACUGGUCUCGCCCUACGACGGGAAUUGGGGCAACAAACUCAACAACGGGACAUGGAAUGGGAUGGUGGGAAUGGUGUACAGGAAGGAGGUCGACCUCGGCGUGGGCCCCUUCACCGUCACCCUCGAAAGGGCAGAGGUCAUCGACUUCACCUUUCCCUUCUACGUGGAGCCGUCGGCGAUCCUCACACCCGCUGGCGCCACGUCCAAGAAGAUCCUGGCGUUUCUCUCUCCUUUUAGCUUUGAGGUGUGGCUAGGUGUCCUCGUGUCCUUCGUAGUGCUGGGGCCCAUCAUGCUCGUUCUCUCGCGGUCCUCCAGCAACGCCUUCCUCUACCCCUACGACACCUACAGCGCCAGCAGGAAGGUGUCUCUCUUCGGUUACUACUGGAUGCUGUGCGCUUCUCUGUUCCAGCAAGGAGUGACGUACCCCAUGAGCUCUCCCGCCCGCGUGGUGUUCGGCGGCUGGAUCGUGGGCGUGAUCGCCCUCACGUGCGCCUACACGGGCGUCCUCAUCUCGUUCCUGACGGUGCCCCGCGCGGAGAACGUGGUCGAUGGCCUCUACAGCCUCCCCCGGCAGAGCGAAUUCCUGUGGACCUUCAAGAGGAACUCGGCGCAUCACUCACUUUUCCUGGGUAAAGACACCACCGGUAUAUAUGCGCAGAUCGGUGCUCCUUUCUUGGGCGAUGAAGACGGACUUGUGGACGCGAACGAAGAAGGGAUUCGAAAGGUGCUCGAACGAACGCACGUCUUCAUCAAGGAGCGGUCCUUCCUUGACUUUGUCGUCGAAGAGAACUUCAGAAGAAGCGGCGAGUGUAAUCUGCGCAUCGCUCGAGAGGAAUUCUUUCCUGCGGGAUUCGGUUGGAUUCACCAGAAAGGAGAUGACAUUGGAAAACUCUUCAACAAGGAAUUCAUACUUAUGCAGCAGACAGGCCUCUUCACGAAGUGGAAGCUGCAGUACUGGCCGAGGGCGAACAAAUGCACUAAUGGCGGGAGCAAGUCCGUCAUGCAGGUCAGUUCCUUAGGCCACUUCUGGUCCUGGAAGGGAAUAUCAAUGUGCUAUCAGGAGCAAAAGUCCGACUUCGCCUACAGCCUGGCUUUGGAUAUACAAGAUAUGGCUGGUUCCUUCGUCGUCCUCAGCUCUGGCUUCGUCUUCGGCGGAUUCCUGCUGCUAAUGGAAUACUACUUCAAGCUCAGAAGGGCCGAGAGAGCACCAGCCCCAAAGCCGAGAAGCAGGACCGACAACCCGCAGCUGACUGUGGACGAAAUCUCGGAGAAAGACCUCAAGCCCCUUUCCGACACCGAGACAUCAAGCGCCUCUCCCGACAGACCGCAACCGAAAGUAAUGCUUCAGACUUUAAAGACCCAGAAGGUGGAGUGA